UGUUAAACUCGCCAAAUAUGUAAACGUUCAAAUGGAUGGUUCCAUACUGGAAAACAUCUCAACAAACUUACAUCUUUUAGGUCAUCAUAGCUCUCAAAUUUGUAUGUACUUCACAUAAUAAUUUUGUUGUCCCUUUUGAAAAUAAAUUCGAAUGAAGUUCCAUUUUAUUUGUCGGAUAUAAGUAGAAUACACCAAUGAGAGGUUCCCAUCUUGGAAACAUGCUUAUUUUGGCAGAAAGCACAUUUUCUAUCCCCCCAGUUUGGCUCUUUUCACUCUUGUAAAUGUCAGAAAUUAUCCGAAUGGAGACAUGUAUGUUUUAUAUGAAAUGUUGAUUUAUAGUGUGUUUUCUGCUCCUCAACAUAUUCAUGUGCAAUCUUUUAGGUUAACAGUCACGUUUCCCGAUUAUCGACGCCCAAAAAUCAGAAGCAGAUGUCGGAAGUCACACAUACAUUAUGCAAGAAAAUGUAUUUCUUCCCAGGUAACGGGAAAGGCAAAUUGGUGGCUCCACCUAGAGAUCUGUCCUCGAUGCUGGAAGACAUGCGUUGGAAAAAAAGCAAAUUUGGUUCUGUAAACACUCUGAGCAUCCAGCCAGAAGUCCUGAUACCAAGGGCGUACCAGAAGGAACUUGCUCAGCCGGCGAUGGAUGGGCUCAACUGCAUUAUCUACGCUCCACCAAACAGCGGGAAAACCCUCGUGGCUUUAAUGAUUGCCAAAAACCACCUCGAGAAGAGAUGUGCUUCUACAAUGACUGCGGCAACUUCGGGCAGGGGAGAUGAUGAUGUAACUGAAUUGAAAACUGCUGCGACCUCAUUGGGGAAUACUGUGCCCAAAGUUUUAGACGACGACGACGUCACUCGAUUGAAAACACCUGUGAACACGUCUAGCGUUACGUCUUGUCAUACUGCACCUGCUGUUCGUGACAGCAAUAAUGUUGACGAAGUUACUCAACUGAAGGCUGUCGUGGACACACAAAGUUCAAAGUUACCAAAAGUAGCCUUUGUUACCAGACGGUUUGCCCUCCUACAACAAACCUUCAAACACUUCAAGAAAUACAUGCCGCUAUGGAGCACUGGCAAACGCAGCGGUGCGUCAAACUCGAAUGUGCCACUGAGUGUACUUCUCCGACGCAAAGACAUCAUUAUAGUCGUUGACAACAUCUUGAAAAAUUCACUGGAGUCGAAGGAUGUUAGUAUUAUGGAUUUCUCCCUAAUCAUCUUCGAUGAGUGCCAUCACUGCAAGGCAGACAAUGACCACCCUUACAAUCAAAUCAUGUCAUUUUACAUUGAACAGAAGUUGAAGUUGGGUAAAACAGGGGCGGGAAAGUUACCACAGAUCGUUGGGCUGACCGCCAGCCCUGGAGGGGGAAAACGACCAGUCGCAGAAAGUGUUGCACAUCACAUUCUUAAGCUUUGUGCCAAUCUAGACGCCCGUCGCAUUGUUACGGUGAAGGACAACCUGGACGAAUUAAACCAAAUGAAACUGGAGCCCAUAGACCAGGUUUGCAUUGAGGUGGAGGAACGAGAGAAUCCCUUCAAUGACCUUUUGGCGGCCAUGAUGGGUGAGAUAGAAAGCAGGAUACAAGUUUCUACGGGCAGUACCAAGGGCACACAGGAAUACAUGUCAUUUGUAGAGGAGAAGAAAAAGGCUUUUCUUGAAGACGACGGUCCUAACACCGGGGAUUGCCUCUUGUGUUUGGAACAUUUGUUAGAAUAUAACAGUGCAAUGGAGUUCUGCAGUUCAAUGCGAAUGGAAGAUGGGCUUAAAUCUCUGGAGGACUUCUAUAAUGAAAUGGAACGCAAGAAAAGGCAAAGUGGUUUUGGAGCCAUGGAGAGAAGACUACUAAAGCUUUUUAAAGACAAUGUACCAAAACUAAGCUCUUUUGCGUCAAAUGAAAGGACACCCCCAAAACUAAAGCUUCUGAAAGAACAGGUACUGACCAAACAAAGGAAACAGGAAGAAAAUUCCCUUCCAUUUAGAGCAAUGAUUUUCGUCAAGACUAAAAAGGCAGCCGAGGCGAUGAAACGAUGGAUAAACAAUGCUACAGAUUUGCAUCAGCUCAAUGCCGAUGUGUUUAUGGGAAUAAAAUCAUCGGAGAAGGGCGGGAUGUCACCUGACACACAGACGGCAAUACUGAAGAAAUUUGAAUCGGGAGAAACAAAAGUAUUGAUUAGUACAAGUGUCGGAGGGGAAGGAAUUCAUGAGUCCAACUGCGGCAUGGUUGUUAUCUACGAUCACAUGUUUGAUGACAUAUACAGCAUUCAAUCACGUGGACGUGCACGCACAACGAAAAGUACCAUCGCAGUUAUCGGUGCGGCAAACACAACAGCGAAGCAUGAAGUGAAUGUUUUAUUAGAACAGCUCACAAAAAUGGCCGUUGCUAGCAUACAGCAAAUACCUUCAGAACAGAUGUUGCAGAUUGUCGAAGACUUCCAGCGUGAAGAUGCCCACAGAAGAAAACAAAAGCGGGAGAUGAUGGAAGAACAAAAAAAGAUAAACCGCACCGACGACGUAACACUCAUCUGCAAAGGGCUGUGCGGAAGGCGCGUAUGCAACCUCUCUGAUAUUCGUACAAUUGGAUCAUCCUACGUCAAUCCAGAUCCCGACUUCGCUUCUAAUUUUGUUCUUUUCCGAGAUCAUCAUAACAGUCAACAGAGAGCGCUCGGUAUUAAGAAGAUUUACUGCAAAGUGUGCGAACAAGACUGGGGAAACACAUUGAAGGGCUACCCUUGUUUAAAGAUUAGCGCAUUUUACACUGAGGAACGCGGGGUGAAGCUAUCAAGGAAAAAGUGGUCCAAAGUUCCUUAUUCCGUCAAGAAAUUAUAUGCCGAUGCGUAGAAGUCUACUAUCUCCACAGUAAUGGGGGUUUCCUACUCAGCGGUGGGAAGUUGUGAAUUAUGUGCCAGACGUUCACAUACGUGAUAAAAAAUAGUCCACAAAAUACCGUACUCUGGAAAUUACUGCUACCUGUAACAAUGGCAAGUUCUUUCUAACAUGCUGUCUUAAAAUGCACGUUUCUCAAUGGUGGACAUAAUUCAACAAUUACAUUUGAUACAAUAUGGUAUUUGGUAAUGUGAUGAUUUUUCGAGGUAGGGGGUGUAAAAAUGACAAGUCACAAUUUCAAUACGAUUACUUACAUUAAAAUUUUAUAAACGUUCUACAUUACAAUCCUUGGUAGUUUGGUUCACACGUUUGGAACACGUUGAAUAAACACUUUUUGGUUUGGGGGUAUACCGGGGUAUUUAUGUACCGGUAUCUACCCGUUUCAACGUGGAGUUAAUGCACGCUAAUACGAAAACGACUUGAGUUUUUUUCUCAACAUCGAUUACAAUAUCCAGAUUUUUCUCUUUUUCAUAUAAAUUUUUGAAUCGAUAAGAGGUCCUUAGCUUAAAUGUGUUCCCAAGUGCACAAUGUCAGUUAUAUAUAUCUCCAAAUCCAUUUUCAAAUAAGAGAUUCAUGAUACAUUCACUCCAUUCAGGUUGAAUGGGCUUUCCUUUGGAAGCAAUUUGUAUUAUUUUAUCUAAAUAUGCUUGCAUCAAAGCAAUUUUCAUCACCAUCAAAUCAUCGUAUUAACUGCUAUAAAUUAUAAAUAUAUACAAAGCUGAGACCACUCAUCCAAUUUCCAUAGCUGAUUUUUGCUUCACUCGGAAA